AUGGUAAAUUUAUUUCUUAAACGACUUGGAGAAUUUAAUAUUGAUGAAAUAACUAAUAAUACACAUGAAAAACUUUCUCAAUGGCGUGAUAAUUGUUAUAAAAAAGUCGAUGAAAUUUAUCAACAAAAAAUGGAGGAACUCAAUGUUUGUAUUAAUGGAAUCAAAAGCAAAUAUGAAGAAAAAAAAACAAAUAUACAAACAAAUAUACAUCAACUUAAUGAUCAAAAUAAAACGAAUAAAGAAAAUACUGAUUUAAUACAAACAAUAAUUCAAUCUAUUGAACAAGAUUUAAAUGAUAUUGAACAAAUGUCUAUUAAAAUUAAUGUUCGAUCAUUAACUAUAGAUGAUAGUUAUGUUCAUAUUGAAAAAGAAUUUAAUUUUAAAAAUCUUUCACUGGAUUAUUUGAAAUUUCAUUAUUCAAAUGAUAGUUCAUCAGCUUUAGCAAGUAAUGAACAAUUUUUAUUAAUGCAUCAAUAUCCAUAUUUAUGUUUAAUUGAUCGAGAUUCUAAAAUAGUAAAACAAAAUGUUUGGUCUGAUGGUUGGAUUCGUGAUAUAUGUUGGUCAAAAACAUUGAACUGUUUUAUUAUACUAACAAAAAGCGAUAUUUAUUUAGUUAAUGAAAUUUUGCAAUAUUCCCAUCCAUUAAAAGAUUUUGUUAAACAAGUUUGGUUUUCUUGUACGUGUUCAGAUCAAUCUCUUUAUCUAUCAACAUGUGAAUGGGGUUCAUCAAUAUUUGAAUUUGAUCUUUCAUCUUCAUUGGAAUUAAUUAAUCAAUGGAAACCUCCAUUAACAUGUGAAAAAUGUGAUGGUAUUAAUGAUAUUAAAUAUAACAAUGAAACACUUGCUUUAAUGAUUAAUGAUGCAGUAAAACACCAAAAACGUAUGGAAUUAAAAUCAACAAAAACAUUUAAUACAAUUUGGUUACUUCCAUUGAGUAUUGGAACUGAUAUUCGUUUAUUUACUUGUUGUCCAAUUAAUUAUAAUGAAUGGCUUGUUAUUGAUGGGACUAAUUCACAUCUUUAUCAUAUAACAAAAGAUGGAAAAUUUAAAAAUAACGUUAUUUAUAAUUCAAUACCUUAUCGAGCAAAUCUAGUUUAUUCAAAUAUAUUAGCCAUAUCAACUGAAGAUCAUUUACAUUUACAUCGAUUUUUAAUUUAG